AUGUCGCUAUCUCCACCUACCAGGGACAUACUCAAUCUGGCCAUCAGGUCGUUCACUGCUGACAGUGAAAUGCAAAUGUUACAGCAGCAACAAUCAUCGGGCCGAGCGGUUCGGGACUGGGGAGGCUGGAUGGACGCUUUACCCUCCCUAUCCUCUGGUAUUGACAACGAUAGUCUCAGCCCGGCCAUUAUGGCUCUCACCGCUGCUAUCACGACUCACAAGGCGGAUCUCAGACCGACUAAAUUGAGUUAUCUGACCACUUAUGCAACUGCUUUACGGAAACUUCGAAUUUCACUCAAAAACAUACAUCAAGGGAAUCGAUUCAUGGUCUUAGCGACUAUUAUUUGCUUAUACACGGCAGCCCUUAUGCUACCAAUUGAGGAAAACACUCAGACCCGUCAGACUCACCACAAAGGGCUACAGGACCUGUUCCUGGCGAUUGGCCCCGAAGGUUUCAUCUCGGUCGCCACACACAAGUUGUUCGCUGGGUUCAGGGGCUCAAUCAUAUUUGAGGCUAUAUACAUGCGUAGAAGCUCAUUCACCUCUCAUGUUGACUGGAAAACUAAACCUUUCAAGCUCCAAGGCCAAAACAUCAUCCAGAGAUCCCUGACUAUAGCAGCUGACAUUCCACCACUGCUUGAAAAGUUCGAUGCACUGGACAAGAUGGAUGCCUUCAAUCAAGAGCUCUCAGCAAUAGCGUUGACAACUGGCUUCCGUAAAAUCAUCCGUGGGAUAUACGAAUCAUUUGUUUUAGAAGCAACUGCGCCUUCUUACUGGCAAGUGUUUCCUGAUGACCCAGACAGCCCCUAUCGCUUCACGAAUCUGUCAACCGCCAACAUCUGGCUUAACUACUGGCUAUUCCGUGCGAUCUGCUUCAUCCACUUACACCUCCUGCAAACGCGAUAUGGAGUCUCAGAUUCAGCAGAUGUGAACCAAGAAUCAACCUUAGACCAGGCAGUGGAGCAUGCAACCAGUAUCUACCGGAGCAUGGACUUUGUCCUUCAGGACGAUAUGAAAAUCCAAGGUCCUGCUUCGAGGAUUUUCACAGCGCGCGUCGCUUAUGAUAUCCUCAAGUUUGAUGGCGCUCGGAGUGCUGAGAAGCUGGCUGCCAUCCAGCGCAUCAUUGGUAGGUUCGAGCUGCUUGGCUUCAAGAUACCAUCAUUGCCAGAUGACCGACCUUUCUGGACACUGAACACAGGCAGAGUGUAA